ACAUUACAGUACAGAGAGAAGGAAAGCUCCAUUUCCCACGUCCUGAAAAGGCUCCUUGGCAUAUCGCCAUCAUCUUGCGUGAUUGGUGCAGGACAUCAACAAGCCCUCCGGCCGUGGACGGACCCGUCAGCUGGCACGUUUCUGGACGGAGCAGCCAGGGCCCCCCAGCUGGGUCCGCUUCUGCGGUGCGGCAUGCUCCAAGCGCCCUCCUCCGGACCAUGCCCCGCGUGCAGAGGCCCAGAGCAGCCCGAAGGAAACAUGCCGCACAGACAGAGAGCUGUCCCCACCCACACACCUACUCGAACACGCCCACAACCUGCAGUUUGCCUUAGACAGGUCUGUGCUGAAAGUGACCUUCCCUGCUUUGCUGCUCCACUGUGAUUGGUUGAGGACCAUCAGGGGAGGACUGGUCCUGCCCCACCGGAAAGACAUGUACAUAGGAGGCAGAAGGAGACACCGAAGUGUGGAGCCCCUCCCUGCCACCUCCUCCUCCACCUGCUCCUCCUCCCCCCCUCCCCGUGGCAGUGCUCUGUGCUCGGGAUGCACUCUCCCCUACACCCCCUGCCCUCCUCCCUGGUCCUGAUACUGCAUCGGGCUCCGUGAACAUGUACAGAGACACCGGCCCCCUCUCCCAGCCCUUCCCCCCGCUGCACCUCCGCCUGCCGCUUCACAAUGGCCACGCCUCCCCGGCUGAGCCCACCCUGUCCCGCAUCUCUGUGCCCAAAAUGGGUGUCCGGGCUCGCAUCGCCGACUGGCCCCCAAGGAGGGAGCAGUCCCGGGAGUCGCUGCUGGAAAACGGGCAGGGCGCGACCUCGGAGAGCGGCAACGGGGAGGAGGGGCUUACUCGCGGCGGCCUGGCCCGCAUGCCGCAGCGCCGAAGCAAAGACGCGGAGUUCCGGGAGGGGCGGAGCCUGAGGGAUGUCCCGGGCUCCCCUCUGCGGUUCCGAGGACUGGGAUUCGGCCCGUUACGCCAGCGUUCCAACAGCGAGAUCACACUGAGCGAGCAAGACGACACGGAGGUGGAGGGCCGUCUGUUCCGGGUGUACGGCAGCACGUCGUCCAUUGACGUGCAGGCCGUACCGGAGGAGAGCUUCUUCGACAUGCUCACCCAGUUCCAGCAGGAGAGGCCGGACCAGCGCAGUGUGGCCCCCGCCAGGCUAGGGGAGCUGCUGCGCGCCCAGAGCUCGCCCGACUCCGCCUCCUCCGGCCCACUCACCCUCACGCCCACCCUGCGCACCGACGACCGGCCCGAGAGCCGCGUGCGCAAGAAGAGUGGCGGCACCGAGUCCUCGCUCGGCACCUCAUCGCUCUUCCGGAAGCUCCGCAGCACCCCCCGAGCCGACACGGAGGCCCUGCGGUGCGAUGGAGAGGAGGGCCGGACCCUGGACGGCCCCUCGCCCAAGCCAUGGGUGUGCGUGCGGAGCUUCACGCACUACGACGCCCAGAGCGUCCUGUUCGACCUGCACGAGGCGGCAGCCCAACGCAGCUACGCCGCCCAGCGCCGCAACACAGCCACGGGCGCCUCCGCUGCCUCCUCGGCCUCCUCGGCCUCCGCCGUUUCCCUGCCUGUUUCCCGGGCCUUGGCCCUGGGCGGGGCCGAGCCCAGCUUCUCUAGCACGGAUGACCUGAGCUGCAAGGACCUGGCAGAGGGGAGCGGCGGCGCCGGUCCGGACGCCUUGGAGCAGGCGGGGCUGGUGGCUCCAGGCUCCGCCCAGCAGCACCAGCUCCUGCUCAGCUGCCCCAACUUCCUAAACGAGACAGGCAGCUACGGGGAGCGCAACGUGAGCUUCCUGAGCUCGUGGGCAGAACGGGGAGAGGUGGGAGCCGGCGAGGCCCGCCUGUGGCCCCGGCGCACCAAUGCCAGCGUGUCUGUGCUGGAGGUGGGGCUUGAAGAGCAAGCCUCGCGAUUGGACAGGCUGCAGCAGCACUGCAUAGAGCACGUUGACCUGGGAGCCAGAUACUACCGCGAGUACUUCCACGGGAAAGAGCACUGGAGCUACUUUGGGACAGACGAGAAGUUGGGGCCAGUGGCUCUGAGUGUACGCAGAGAGAAACUGGAGGACACCAAAGAUCUGAAGGACCAGUAUCAGUACCGCAUCAUCUUCCGCACCAGCGAGCUGGUGACCUUGCGCGGUUCAGUGCUGGAGGACGCCGUUCCCUCCACGGCGAGGCAUGGCACGGCGAGGGGCCUCCCCCUGAAGGAGGUGGUGGAGUAUGUGCUCCCCGAGCUGAGCGUCUCCUGUCUGCGCCUGGCGCUCAACACCCCCAAAGUCACCGAGCAGCUCCUCAAACUGGACGAGCAAGGGUUGAGCCAGAAGCACAAGGUGGGCAUCUUGCUGUGUCGGGCAGAGCAAAGUACGGAGGAGGAGAUGUAUAACAAUGAGGAGGCCACGCCUGCCUUCAGCCAGUUCCUGCAGCUGCUGGGGGACACGGUUUGUCUGAAGGGCUUCAGCAAGUACGCUGCCCAGCUCGACACCAAGACGGACUCCACUGGGACGCACUCCCUCUAUACCACCUAUCAGGGCUAUGAGAUCAUGUUUCAUGUUUCUACACUGCUUCCAUACAUGCCCAGUAACCCCCAGCAGCUGUUAAGGAAGAGGCACAUCGGGAAUGAUAUAGUCACCAUCAUAUUCCAGGAGCCGGGCGCGCUCCCCUUCACGCCCCAGAACAUCCGCUCCCACUUCCAGCACGUGUUCGUCAUUGUGCGCGUGCACAACCCCUGCUCAGAGAGCACCUCCUACAGCGUGGCCGUGACGCGCAUGAAGGACGUCCCGCAUUUCGGCCCACCCCUGCCGCCCGGCGGCAUCACCUUCCGCGACCCGGCCACCUUCCGCACCUUCCUGCUGGCCAAGGUGAUCAACGCCGAGAACGCGGCGCACAAGUCGGAGAAGUUCCACGCCAUGGCCACGCGCACCCGCCAGGGUUACCUGCGCGACCUCGCCGAGAACUGCGUCAGCUCCACGCCGCUCGACACGGCCGGCAAGCUCAACAACCUCAUCUCGCUGGCCUCCAAGCGCCGUGAGAGGGUCCGGGCGCGCGAGGGGGCGGAGCUGGGCGCGGCGGCAGCGGCAGUGGCCUGGCGCGUGGUGGCCCAGGACUUCGGCGGAGGCACCGCCGAGCUGCCGUGCGUGCUGGCCAUCUCCGGCGAGCAUGUGGUGCUGGCGGACUGCUCCACCAAGGAGGUGGUGUUCAACUGUUUCUGCGCCGACGUCAUCGGCUGGACGGCCGAGAGGCUGGCCCUCAAGAUCUACUACGGGCGGGGCGACCAUGUGGCCGUGCGUGUGCCGGAGGGCGGGGCCCAAGACAUCAGAGAGGUGGUCCAGAGGCUGAAGGCACUGACCACGGGCUGCGAGACGGUCGACAUGACGCUCAGGCGCAACGGCCUGGGCCAGCUGGGCUUCCACGUGCGGCUGGAUGGCACCGUCUCCGAGGUGGAGGAGUACGGCUUCGCUUGGCAGGCAGGGCUCCGGCAGGGCAGUCGCCUGGUGGAGAUCUGCAAGGUCGCCGCGGUGACGCUCACCCAUGAACAGAUGAUCGACCUGCUGCGCACCUCCGUCACAGUUAAGGUGGUCAUAAUACCACCCUUUGAGGAGGGCGGGGCCCGCAGGGGCUGCACAGAGGAGUAUGAGAUGAAGACUCUGGAGACGGCAGUGGAAGCAGAGCCCGUGGCGGCAAGCUACCGUUCUAGCCAGCGCACUCCGGCGUGGCGUUGGGACAGCCCUCCCACGGCACACAGCGGACCCUCCACCCAGCGCUGGACGCCCCCAGGACCCACGCCGGCCCAUGGCCGCACGCACAAGCCCCUGGUGCCCAUCGCCUACCGUGAGCCCCAGCACGUACCCGCUAAGAGGCCUGUCAGUUACCCCGAGAACCAAUACAGCGUGUCUCCAGUAGGGGGCGACAGAUCGCUGCCAUACCGCAACCCGUCAGCCAGUUUCUCGAGCCCUGGUUCGAGCCUCAGCGCCACAGUGCUGGGGGUCCCAGGACUAAGUGGCCCCUUCGUCCGAUACAAGCCCUCCCCAGACAGGUUUGGCUCGGCCCCUCGCUCUCUCCAGCCUUUUGAAGCCCAUCUGACCUUGGAUGGCUCCAGUGUGGAUUCUUCAUCUGGCUUCACCAGCCAGGAGAGCACUAUGGAGCGCAGCAAGACAGAGCCCAUGUGGCAUGUCCCAGCUUCGUCUCGCAGUGUUUCAGCAGGCGGAGCUCAGAGACGACAGACUCGUCAGGACAUGCAGGGGAAGGACUCACCUAACCGCCAUUCAAAGGGUGAGGCUCAGUACUCCAGCCACUCCAGCAGUAACACGCUGUCCAGCAACGCCUCCAGCAGCCAUAGCGACGAGCGCUUGUUUGACGGGGUUGGUGUCAGCACCUCCAGUGCCCUGAGCGACCCCUCCGACCCCGACCCCAUGAGCAAGGGGGGCUCCAGCGACAGCGGCAUAGACGCGGCGGCGCUCUCCGCGCCCAGCGCCAAGGUGACCAGGAUGAGCCGUAGCAACGCGGGCACGCCCCGCAAGAGCCUCCACGGCAGCGGCCUGCAGGAGCUCUCCUCCACGGCGCCCUGGCCUGGAGGGGAGGGACGCAGGAGAGAGUCAUCACCCGUCGCGCCAGCCUCGGCCAAUCAGGGCAAGGGUUGCCGCACGCGCACCUUCCACCCGCCUGGGUCGGCCAGUGCGGACAGCUUCAAACCGAGAGCAUGCUACACCCCUCAAGGCUACAAGACCCCUGCUAUGGCUGAUAAGCCCAAGCCUUUUAGAGCUUCCACCACGCCCACUUCAGGCUCCAUCCAGCUAUCCACCUCCGCCCCCAAGUCCUUAUAUGGUAAAAGCAAGUCAGGUGCCUGGCACCAAGAAGAGGCCAGCCCAGCAGUCAUCACCUGUGCCUCUAGUACACCGGACAGCAGCAGCAGCAAACAGGUGGACACGAACAGCAAGAACGUGUUUGGGCAGCCUCGUCUAAGGGCCUCUCUGAGGGACCUGCGAUCGCCCCGCCGGCCUCCUCACAAGAGCACUAUCGAGGAUGACCUGAAAAAACUCAUCAUCAUGGACAACCCCGCAGAGACGCCACAGCAGGAGUCUUCACCUCGGAGAACCCUCCAUCGCACCUUCUCAGAUGAGAGUUUGUGCAGUGGCCGUAGAGAUGCCAGCUACGCCAACACUCCACUGUUUGACGGGACGGCCGCACCCAGCGACCUGCUCUUCACCUGCACCCUGCCCACCCGUCGCCAUGGCCACGGCUCUAGCCAGGGGGGCCUCAUGCCCGUUAAGAAAGUGCCUGCUUUGUCUGCAUCUGAGCUGUCUCUGACUGAGGCGAGGGAUAAGGUCCCCCCAGUGCGUAGGCUCGACCCAGGCCUCAUGCCCCUGCCUGACACUGCCGCCGGCCUGGAGUGGGCCAGCCUCGUCAACGCAGCCAAAGCCUACGAGGUGCAAAGAGCAGUGUCCCUCUUCUCACUGUCUGAGCCUCCAGUGGGAGGGGCUGAACUGAGGCCUGUCAUAAGCCCUGUUCCCUUCCACAACCCCCAGACGCCUCGCGCCACGCCCACCUUCACGGAUGAGCUUCCCGGUGACCUGUCUGGCCGUCUGUAUCAUCUGGAGGUCAUGCUGAAGCAGCUCAAUAAUGACCUGGAGAAGGAGAAGCAGGAUAAGGUGGCACUGCUGGCUGAGAUGGCCCACCUGAGGGAGAAUAACCAGCGGUUGCAAGAGGAGUCACUCCUCACCAAUGAGCAGCUCCGCAAGCUCCUCUCCUCCUCCACCGCAGACAGGAAGUGACCUCAAUCUCUCUCUCGAGCGGGAAGGCAGUGAUGCGGGGGGGGGGGGGUGCCAACGGGUUGUCUUUGUCACUGUGGCACAUUUUGUUCAACAUGCUUACACAAGCUGGACCCACGCUGUCCAUCAUCUGUCCACUCCCCUCUGCGGUGGGGUCAACACACGCAGGCUCUGUCCACGUUCCACUGAGCAAGGGAGACCAUCCAAAAAAAGGGGCGAAGAAUAGGAACAGAAUGCUGAAAGAGAAAGGCGAACUAAUGCUUCUGAGAGUGCCUGCCACCCUAUGGAACAUGAGGUCUUUAAAUGAAAUAGGAGACAUGAAAGACAUCUUUAUUUUUAGAACUCAUGCAAAAAUCAGUCUCGAGUGCUCAUGUGAAAAAGAGUUGAAACCUUCAGUGAAGGGAGCACUAUGAACACAUUCCCUUUGGAGCUGUUACCCUGUUAGUGCUUCAUUUUAUUUGAUUUAUCUCUCUCUUUUGUGUGUGUGUGUGUGUGUGUUUUCAAUGGACAGGAGUCUUAAAAUGCUCAGAGGACACCAAACAUGAGCCAGUUGAGCUGAGAGAUAUACAGACUGCAGCUAGCAUUCAGAGAGGCCUAUUACUGUACAUUCAGCAUUUCAGCCAAAAAGAGUGAGAUUUGAUCCUGUCUUGAGAUGACAUUUCCCUGCAUGCACUGCUGAGCAUGCCAAGGGACAACAUGGUACUGUAGUUUAAAAAUGAGGUACAGUUCUCUUGGACAAAUUGACAUUAUAUAUAUAUAUAUGUAUAUAUGUGUGUGUGUGUGUGUGUGUGUGUGUGUGUGUGUGUGGUGUGUGUGUAU